AUGGUUUCAAAACACGAUUUAUCGACUAAGUAUUUCAAAACACCAGAGGCUAUUGUCGAUGACAUUGAAUUGUUUUUCUUCCCCUCGGAGGCAAGUAUGGUUCAAGAAAUGAUUGGUGGAGAACAUGCUCUCCGAGCAUUAACACCAUAUGGGGAGCUAUUGGUUUUCACAUCCACAGAACUGCCCUGUGCCACUGGAGAUACCAACGGAAAUGCUACUUAUGGGGCAUUUUCAGAGCGACACAAGGUUCUAGUAGCCGUCUACUACUACCAAACAGGAUUCAAACUCUUGACAAUGUUUUGGCUGCUAGAGAUGCUCCACUGCAAUGACAAUAAAUUCCCAAUCAGGAAUUCUGAUCUUUUCCCACCUGGAACGGAUCUAGUAGAGCAUAGUCAUGACAUACAACCUGUUGAUGAUCCUAUUUGUAGAGGUUGUUUUAACGUAUUGAAUGAAAAGUAUGAGCUUGACAGAGUUGUUGCUCACCUCUCCGACAAAGAAUGCCAAAGUGUUUCUGAAAAAGCAAAGCUACUUUUACUUUAUCUUCACUUUGAAAUGGUUUCAAAAGCUGAUUUAUGGCCUGAAUAUUUCAACACAUUAGAGGCUAAUGCUUAUGACAUUGAAUUGUUUUUCUUCUCCUCGGAGGCAAGGCAUAGGGAGAUAUUUGAUCAUUUGGUUGAAGAUAUGAUUGGUGGAGUAUAUGAUCUACGAGCAUUAAUGCCAUAUGGGGAGCUAUUGGUUUUCACAUCCACAUAA